AUGGUGAUUCCACCGCCAGUGAGAGCACCGCGACUCUUCGACUACCUGAAACCAUACGUCCUGAAGAUGCACUUCACCAACAAGUUUGUUCACGCACAAGUCGUACACACACCGACGGCCACAGUGGCUUGCUCGGCGAGCUCACAGGAGAAGGCAUUGAGGGGAACAAUGGAGGUGACACGUGACGUGGCUGCUGCUGCGAAGAUUGGCAAACUCCUUGGGGAAAGACUCUUGAUGAAAGAGAUCCCAGCUGUCACUGUUCUGAUGAAGAACGAGCAGAGGUAUCAUGGUAAAGUCAAGGCUGUCAUCGAUUCCGUCAGAGAAGCUGGCGUCAAAUUGCUUUGA